GCUCGGGCACAACGAAACCCAACUCUCAGUGUCGCUCAAAACGCGGCGCGCGGUGGUCGUGCGUCGAGCGCGCGUGAAGUGAUGUCCGAGAGAUGAGGCUGUCGCUGGUGCUACUGUGGUUGGGUGCGGCGGUCGCAUGCGGCCCGGGCCGCGGUUUCACCCGCCGCCACGGACCGCGCCGCCUCACACCUCUCGUCUUCAACCAACAUGAUCCUAAUAUCAGUGAAAAUUCAAAAUCCGCCAGCGGUCCUCCGGAGGGUCGCAUUACGAGGGAGGAUGAAAAGUUUAGAGACUUAGUGCCCAAUUAUAAUCCGGACAUCGAUUUCAAGGAUGAUGAGGGCACUGGCGCUGAUCGUCUGAUGACACAGCGAUGCAAAGAGAAACUGAACACAUUAGCGAUCAGUGUGAUGAAUCAAUGGCCCGGAGUUCGGCUGCGAGUAAUCGAAGGCUGGGACGAGGAGAAUUCCCACCUCGACAACUCGUUACAUUAUGAGGGUCGAGCUGUGGACCUCACCACCAGCGAUCGCGACCACAGCAAGAACGGAAUGCUAGCGCGGCUCGCUGUUGAGGCAGGCUUUGACUGGGUCUUUUACGAAAGCCGGUCUUACAUCCACUGUUCAGUUAAAACAGAAUCUUCCGUGGGUACAGGUGCCGGAUGUUUCCCCUCUGGGUCUGUGGUACAUACAAUAAAUGGACCUCAAGACAUUGCGAAUCUCAGAAAAGGAGAUAAAGUAUUGGCUGCUGCUGAUGAUGGAAAAAUGGUUUAUUCUGAGGUGUUGGAAUUUAUUGAUCGAGAUCCGAACGCAACACGACAUUUCAUCGAAGUUACUGCUGAAAACGGUGUGACUAUCACAACUACGCCGUCUCAUCUACUGCUUUUAGCCGCUGCUGAUGGCUGGCGAGAAUUAUUCGCUGCUAACAUACAGAUAGGCGAUGUACUUCUUACCAGAGGAUAUGGUAGUGUAAUGCGUCCAUCAAAAGUCAUUAAAACUCGUGUUGUGUCAAAACGUGGAGUAUACGCACCAUUGACCAGGACCGGUACGAUAAUAGUCGAUGACGCUUUGGCGUCUUGUUACGCCAUUGUGCGCAGUCAUUCCCUGGCUCAUGCCGCAAUGGCUCCCUUACGAUGGUUGUCAAGUUGGAGCAAUUCAAAUGAAAUUCCACGAGGCGUUCACUGGUACGCGAAUGCACUAUAUAAUUUCGGCGACUAUGUAUUGCCGUCAUCGUAUAAAUAUCGCUGAAAUUGAAGUUUGUGUGGUGACAUGACAAUGACAGCUACUUUAGAUGUGAUCGUUCACGUUAAAUCGCGCGCAGGACGUGCCAAGUUUGGACACUUGUAAAUAAUUUACCCUGUAAAUAAUGCGGUCAAGAAAAUUGUAAAUAAGUCUUGAGUACUUAAGUCUGUAUUAAAAAAUGAAUUCAAGAGCAAAGGUUGUCCUUUUCGAAAUCCUGUCUAUUUAUUAAGUAGCGUUAAGGACAUCUUUGCCUUUAUUGCAUAUUUUUAGUUAACAUAACAAAUAUUUGUAAAUUGUGUCGAUAUUGUUAUUCUGCACAAUGCGGAAAUACUUAUCUGUAUGCGCUUAUGUUUUUUAAGAUGUUGUAUAGAUAUCAUAAGCACUUUAUUAGCAAAUCUAAAUUAUCUUUUUUUUCAUUUAUUAUUAAAGUAUUAUUAGGUGUUUUACUCUAAACAGUAUUUGGUUAAUUUUUGAUGUUUGUAACUUGACAUUCCACGGCUCUAAUCUUUUUACUUCCUAACAUUUUACAAGAGUAAUGAAUUGUGAUCUUGGUACCUAAAUCAGUGCCUUAAGAUUUUAUUUAUUGUUAUGUAGGCUAGUUCUCUAUUUAAAAAUUGACGAAAACAAUGAGGUAAUUCGUAUAUUCUUUUUUAAUUUAUUCUAUUGCAUUUGGCUUUCUUUAAGUUCCUUUGGCUGAAUGCAUUAUUUAUUUUUCUCUUUACAUGUUACUGGAUAUAAUAUUAUCUUGUAUGGCUUCUAUUUAUUUAAUAUUAUUUGUGUAUUAGUAGGUACUAAUUUUUUCUGUUUUUAUUGUAUCAUUGGAUGACGUAUAAUGAAAAUUGAUAGAAUUAAAGUAAUUUACAGACAUCCCUUAUGCAUUAAGUAGGUGUAAAGGACAGUGUAAAACUUUUUCAUAAAUAAAGAAUAAGUUUUGUAAAGGUUAUUAACAUCAGUUGUUAAUUUAAUUUGGGGAACCGAAUCGUUUUUUUGGGGUAAUUUAUCAUACUAAGUUUUUCUUUUGAAAUAUACAUUGUCAGUUUCUAAAUUUUACCUUUACGGUAGUAGAUGAACAGGUUAUGAAAUUACUUAUCCCAAUUAAAAAUUCUUUAACAGAAAAGUAGUUUGUGCUUCAAACUAGAACUAGGGUUACAAUAGAAUUCUUAAGAAAGAAAUACUUGUCUAGGUGAAAUACUUUUGUGACUGAAAUAUAAUUUUAACGAUACAUGAAAAGGCGACGUAAACACCCACUCUAGCUUCAAUAAAAUCAUCGAAAUAACAACAGAUAAUAUCCUGUAAAGCUGCUUCCAAUACAUUUUUCAACGAUCGUACAAAAGAUCUAGAACUGAACUUUUGGUUCCUAUAGUUUGAAUUUAGUAAAACAUUUAUUAACUCACAUCAGUAUUUAGAAAUAAUAAGUAGGUUGAAAAGUGAUGUUAUGUAUUAUUAUCAUUAUUAAGAAUACCAAUAUUAAAUUAUCAUUUAAAAAAUUAUAUGUAAGCCGAGUCCUAGCUUUCCAGUAUUAAGGAAGAUUAGGAGGACUUCUCACCUAUAUAAUAGUUAUUUAAUGUAAUACUAACGAUUAGAUUUAUAAAUAUAAAAGCUUUAACUAAUGUUUCGAUAACAAAUGUACGCCAUUUAAAUGCCAUAUCGAAAAUACAAAUGCUAUACUUUGUGCCGUCUUUAUGUCAAAAGUAAAGCAGUAUUAUAUAACUGUGCUUGCGUAAUGUGUAUAGUAUUUGUAGCGUUACACCUAAAUGAAGUACCUACGUAUAUUGUGAAGUACUCAAGUACUUAAUAUAUAUUUAUAAGUAAAGUAUUUAGUAGGUAUUAUGUGUCGCGCAAAAAAGAAAAUUGUAUUAAGCGCUUUAUUUGAUGCAAAUGUAUAAUUAAUAACACAAUUGGAAUGCUUUUUUCAGUGAAUGACGUUUUUCUAAUUUGGUAAAGUAUCUUGUAAUUUAUAACGGUUCCAUGUAAUUAUUGCGCUUUCAUAUUAUUUAUUU